UACCUAUGCUAUCAACACCAGUCAUCUCUAACCCAAUUGUCAUUUCCCCCUAUGGUUCUUACCUCUUGUAUCCUACACCAAUCUUACUGCCAACUUCAUCAACUGAAACAAUCCCACAGCAAUAUCAGGUACCUUCUUCAUUCUUUGGUCAAACUAAUAAUAAUCAGAUGAUGGAAGUUGAUGAUUACUAUGAACCAAAUGGUAUCAACUCCAAUGGGACGGUGUGA